AUGGAAACCUGGUUCCUUAUCCUCGCCGCACUCUGCAUCUCUUUUCUCCUCAAACCCCUUCUCAGUCUCUUCAUCCCCUCCAUUUCCAAACCCACCGAUCAACCCAAACUCCCUCCUGGGCCCACCCCCAUCCCCUUCAUCGGCCGGUUGUUAUGGCUCCGAAGAUCCUUCUCCGAAAUCGAGCCCAUCCUCCGGAACCUCAGGGCCCAAUACGGGCCCAUCAUCACUAUCCGCAUCGGCUCCCGCCACGCCGUCUUCAUCGCCAACCGCUCCCUCGCCCACCAGGCCCUCAUCCAGAACGGCGCUGUCUUCGCAGACCGCCCGCCCGCCUUACCCACCAACAAGAUCGUCAGCAGUAACCAACACAACAUCAGCUCCGCCGUCUACGGCCCCACGUGGCGCCUUCUCCGCCGCAACCUCACCUCCGAGAUCCUCCACCCUUCCCGCGUCAAAUCCUACGGCGAGGCCCGUAAAUGGGUUCUGGAUAUUCUUAUCAACCGUCUCGGAUCCGAGUCUCAAUCGCAGUCCAAAGGCAUCAGAGUGGUCGACCAUUUUCAGUACGCCAUGUUUUGCUUGCUGGUUUUGAUGUGCUUUGGGGACAAGUUGAACGAAGAUCAGAUCAAAGAAAUCGAGGGCGUUCAACGCCGCUUGCUAUUGAGCUUUGGGCGAUUCAACAUCCUCAACUUUUGGCCCAAAUUGACAAAAAUUCUGUUGAAAAAUCGCUGGAACGCGCUAUUUCAGCUCCGUAAGGAACAAGAAGACGUGCUCAUUCCUCUGAUUCGAGCACGACAGAAAGCAAAGAAUGAAAGGCUGAGUAGGAAGGACAACGACAAAGAUGAUGACUUUGUGUUGGCGUACGUUGAUACGUUGUGGGAUCUCCAGAUUUCUGAUGAGAAGGAAAAGAGGAAGCUCUCUGAAGGUGAAAUAGUGAGUCUCUGUUCGGAGUUUCUCAACGCGGGUACUGAUACUACUUCGACUGCGUUGCAGUGGAUCAUGGCCAACAUAGUUAAGUACCCACAAGUCCAAGACAAGCUCUUUGCAGAGAUUAAAGGGGUGGUGGCAGAAACAGAGGAAGAGGUGAAAGAGGAGGUCUUGCACAAGUUGCCGUAUCUGAAAGCUGUAAUCUUGGAGGGUUUGAGGCGUCACCCGCCUGGGCACUUUGUGCUGCCACACGCCGUGACCCAGGACGUGGUUUUGGAUGGUCAUGUGGUGCCCAAGAACGGUAGUGUCAAUUUCAUGGUGGCUGAUAUGGGGUUGGACCCAGAGGUGUGGGAGGACCCCAUGGCAUUCAAGCCUGAGAGGUUCUUGAGUGGUGGUGAAUGUGGAGGAGCGGAAGGUGCUUCAUCUGGAGUAUUUCGUGGCCAAUUUGGUCUGGAAAUUUGA